AUGCGACCGCAGCUUCGAUUACUGCCGCCCCUAAAAUAUCAGCGGCUAGGAGCUGGAGUUGGAGAAAUCCUAAAACAGGAUGCUGCAAGUGCCAUGGCUGUGUCUGACCGUUUUGUGGUAUUAGGUACACACAAUGGCGCCGUGUUAUUAUUUGAUUUUGAAGGGAAUGAAAUCAAGAGAUUCUCAUCACAUACUGCUACCGUUUAUGAUUUAUCAAUUGACGUGGCCGGUGAAUACGUUGCUAGCGCGUCGAUGGAUGGAAAAGUUGUAAUUAAUGGUCUCUAUAAUGAAGAAGUACGUCAUUAUAAUUACAAGCGACCUUUAAAAUGUGUGGCUCUUGAUCCAAAUUUUAGUAGAAAUGCAACUGGCCAAUUUGUGUCAGGUGGAUUAGCCGGACAACUUAUUUUACACGAAAAAGGUACUGUUGGCUGGUUUGGUAAUAAUGUCGACACUAUUUUACACCAAGGUGAAGGUCCUAUAUAUGCCGUAAAAUGGCGAGGUUCAUUGAUUGCUUGGGCUAACGAUAUGGGCAUUAAAAUGUAUGAUACAAACUCGAAACAACGUAUUACUUGGAUUUUUCGGCCUGAUAAUAGUCCACGUCCUGAUCUGUAUCGGUGCCAUCUUUGCUGGAGGGAUGAUACUCAUUUGUUAAUCGGAUGGGCUGAUAAUGUACAAGUGGGAGUAGUAAAGGAAAGAAAAAGAGAGGAGAAUACUCAAGGUCCUCCGCUUUAUGUCGAAAUAACAACCUUAUUCAGGACUGAUUUUAUAGUAUGCGGAAUUGCCCCAUUCAAGGAUAUGAUGUUAUUAAUGGCAUACAUCACUGACGACAUAAUACAGAACGAAGAAACUAGUAACCCUGAACAACAAAGAAGACCACGCGCAAAACGUCCUGAAUUACGAAUAAUCAACUCAUCAAACGAAGAAAUAUCCACAGAUGCUUUAUCACUCCACGGCUUUCAGCAAUAUCAAGCAAACGACUACGUGCUUGAUUUUCUACCAUCUGACGAAGAUCUCUUUUAUGUCGUGAGUCCAAAGGAUCUUGUUGUCGCGAAACCACGUGAUUUAGAUGAUCAUAUUGGAUGGUUACUUGAUAGAUUGAGAUAUGAAGAAGCUCUAGGUGCUUUGCGAGAAGCUCAAGCUUGGGGUGGAAGCAAGACUUAUGAUGUGACUGACGUUGGUCUUAAAUAUCUAUCGCAUUUGAUUGACGAAGGCAAAUAUGAGAGAGCAGCAAUGGCUUGUCCUAACGUCUUAAAGACUAAUUCCAGCAAAUGGGAUGAAGCUAAACUUUGGGAUGAUUGGAUCUUUAAGUUUGCCGAACUCCGUCAAUUACAAGAAAUUACUCCUUAUAUUCCAUUUAAAGACCCUCAGCUGAGUAGUGUGGUCUAUGAAAUGGUUUUAGCCUAUUUCCUUAAUAACGAUUAUCAGUCUUUAUAUAAUACAAUAACGAGAUGGCCACCAACAAUUUACAAUAUUAAAAGUGUAAUACUUGCAGUUGAAGACUCUCUUUAUAAAGAUCCCGAUAAUCCGAUAUUAAUGGAAUGCUUGGCUGAAUUGUACACAUUCAAUCAUGAACCCGACAAAGCGUUAGAGUAUAGUCUUCGACUUCGACGUCCAAACGUUUUUGAUCUAAUUCGCGAAUACAAUUUAUUCUCUUCCAUAGAAGAUAAAAUUGUUCUCUUGAUGGAGUUCGAUCAGCACUUAUUAUCACUCGAAGCUAAAAAAUCUGAAGAAAAUGAAGAUUUAUACGAACUAACUGAAAAAAAUUCACCGAAAUUGACUCCUAUCAAGAAACCAAGUGAAGGACCUGCCGUGCAAUUGCUUGUACAAAAUACAGAAUCAGUGCCGAUUUCUAGAGUUGUCAAACAAUUGCAAAAACAUCCUUAUUUCAUGUUUAUAUAUUUGGAUGCGUUAUUUCUACAUGACCCGCAUAUGGGCUACGAAUAUCAUGAUCUACAGGUUGAGCUAUAUGCUGAGUAUGACUUUGCACGUUUGAUGGAAUUUUUACGAACGAGUAACUAUUACUCGCUAGAAAAGGCAUACAAAGUUUGUGAAGAACGGGAUUUGGUCUCUGAAAUGGUUUUCAUCCUUGGACGCACCGGAAAUAAUAAAAAGGCGCUUAUGUUGAUCAUCGAGCGUCUCGAGGAUGUUCAAAGAGCAAUUGAUUUUGCCAAAGAACAAGAAGAUGAUGUGUUAUGGGAAGAUUUGUUGACUUAUUCACUUGACAAACCACGCAAUCUCGAAAUUCCUGGUUUAAAGGAUGCUUUAAUAAAAAUUCUUCAGGAUUUCAAUUUACAAGCUUCCUUGCGAGAAGGUUGUGAAAGAAUUCUAGUUAGUGAUAGUGUAGCUAUGGCGGAUCAGCUUCAACGGGCUCAGAAACGUGGCAUAUCGUGUGGAGAUGAGCUUGUUUGCUCUGUAUGUCAAGACCCGAUUAUUAUAGAUGAUAUUGCAACAUCAAAUAUUACCACUAUUAUAUUCUUUUGUCGUCACGCAUACCACGAAAAAUGCCUACUUGAGGAUGAAUCGCCUCCAUUCUCUGAAACCGUCGCAAGAAUAAAAGGCAAACAAUAUAGCGUUGGCGCAAAAGUAGUGCACUCAACGCUUUUACGUUCUUUAGGCAGCCCGCCACAAUGUCCCAUAUGUAAUGAUGUUCAACAUCAUCACGGCGCCAAACAAAAAGACAAAAAAGCUCUUAGCAGUGCGGGACUUGUUAGAGGAUUUACACGUAGUCGUACUAAUCCUUCAAUGAGAGAAGACGAUGGAAUGCCCCCAAUGGUUACUUUGAGGCUAUAG